UGGAGCCACUAGACACGACUGCCGGGCGGAAGAGUUAGCUUUAUUAGUAUCAAGUGCAAGUGAUGGGAUCCCAAGGGCCGCGAGCGAAGUACCUCCGCCGUCAGUGGGAAGCCGAGGCGGAGGCCUACCUCGAGGACGACCCUCCGGAGGUCGAAGUCAAUUACUCGACGACCUCCAAGGCUGACUACGGCCACCCUCGGCCUUACGCGCGUCAGGAGGAGGCCCCUCCCCCCGGGCCCUCGCUCCCCCUCGGCGACGCCCCGAUCACCUUCUGGACGUCCCAUCGGGCCAGGAUCCCGGGCACGACCACGCCCGCUGCGAGCACCAACGUCUUUCCGCGCAGCGCCGCCUUCUCCACGCCCAUCACUUUGGCACUGGACCCGCCCGCGUGGCCCGGCUGGAAGUCCUGCUGAGCGCCGUCUUCGGGAGCGGCUCCGCGGGCGACGGCAGAUGGCGCUGGGAAUGCGUCGGGAAACUGGCGGAUUAAAGUGCUCUACAUCUGAUGCUCUGCGUAUUUAGGGCAUGUACAGUGUGUGCUUAUUGUUUCCUGAGAAAGGCUAACGAUCUCUCUCUAGAACUAGUCAUUAUAAGAAAUAAAAGACCAGAAAACAUGUAUCUUUCGCAAAUAUAAGAUUUGGAUUUUU